AUGCUUGUUCGUAGGCAAGUUCAGUAUCCUCAAAGGAGAAUGAUUCUAUAUCAGUGCUCUAGUUCACUCAGCCCUGCUGGACCCCUCCAGAAAAAGAGUUCACUCUGCCACUUCCAAAUUCCAGUAUUAAACUAUGGCCGGCCACAACAUAUGCAUGGUUGCUACGUUUCUCCAUCCUUUGUCUUAAACUGUCAUUAG